CAUUGACGCGGCCGCCUGCUCGGAACUCGCAUCGCUCCGUGUCCUUCCCGCAUUUAUACGAAACUGUUCGGUGUCGAUGGACGCGCGCGUCCCCGGUGCGUAGUGAUCGCGCAUCGUACUCGCACGUACUGUUUAUCUGUUACCGGUGUAUAGUUAGCCGCUGUGUGCCCUACUGGGCUGAUCGCCAGCAUGGACGCGAUACUGGCAGCGCUCGUCGCUCUCAUGGCACUGGCCGCCGCGAUGGCCGCCGUGCUCAGUACACUCUCAAAGGCGGCGAUAUUCGUCAUCCUCGCUGUAGCGCCCUGCGUCUACCGAUAUAGGAGGCACAUUUACGUUUUCAUCAAAACUCUGCCGAGAGACUCCAAAUUCCUAUGGCGUUACGCCAAUGGCAUGAUCAGGUCGAAGCGAUGGGGGCGUCAGGACGCGACCGUGGCGCAACUCUUCACCCAGCGCGCCCUGAAGAAUCCGGACGCGCCAUGCUUCUAUGUCGUCGGUGACCGUGACUGGACCUUCGGCGAGAUGGCCGCGAACUCCAACAAAGUGGCUCGAGUUAUGCAAGAGCACCUCGGCCUGAAGCGUGGUGACGUGGUCUGCGUGUUCAUGCCCAACUGCGGGGAGUAUGUGUGGACGUGGCUGGGCAUGGCCAAGCUUGGCGCCGUCUCCGCUCUCAUCAACAGCAACCUGCGCCACAAACCGCUGCUGCACUGCAUCCAAGUCGCUAAAGCUAAGGCUGUUGUCUUCUCCGAUCAGUUGGCUGACGCUAUCUCAGAGAUCCGCGAGCAGCUACCUUCAGACCUGAAGCUAUUCCAACUAUACGGCGAGUGCUCCCCUGGCGUGUUGGACCUAGCAGCCGAGAUGGAGAAGCACCCUCCCGACUACCCCGAGGUGACCGACAAGCCGCGCUACAAGGACACGCUCUUGUAUAUCUACACCUCGGGAACCACUGGCAUGCCUAAAGCCGCUGUACUGCCCAAUUCUAAGUACCUGUUGGUGGUAGUGGCGACGGUGCACAUGCUAGGCCUGAAGAAGUCGGACCGCAUGUAUAACCCAUUACCGCUGUACCACACGGCUGGCGGGCUGGUGGGCACGGGUGCUGCUCUGGUAGACGGCAUCCCGUCAGUGCUGCGCGCAAAGUUCUCUGCCUCCAACUACUGGGCUGAUUGCAUCAAGUAUGAUUGCACGGUGGCGCAAUACAUCGGCGAGAUGUGCCGCUACCUGCUGGCGCAGCCGGCUCGCGACACGGACACGCAGCACCGCGUGCGUAUCAUGGUCGGCAACGGCAUGCGCUCCGCCAUCUGGCAGCAGAUCGUCGACAGGUUCAAAGUGCCACAGAUCAAUGAGAUAUACGGAGCCACCGAGGGGAAUGCUAACAUAAUAAACGUGGACAACACGGUGGGCGCGGUGGGCUUCCUGCCGAAGCUGGUGCCGACGUGCCUGCACCCCAUCGCGCUGGUCCGCGCCGACGAGCAGGGCGGCCUCGUGCGGGGGGCUGACGGGUACUGCAUACGCUGCAAGCCUAAUGAGCCGGGUAUGUUCAUCGGACUCAUCGCUCAGGGCAACGCGUCCCGGGAGUACUACGGAUACGUUGAUAAGGACGACAGCAACAAGAAGCUGGUCCGCGAUGUAUUCUGCAAGGGCGACGCGGCGUUCGUGUCGGGCGACAUCCUGGUGUCGGACGAGCUCGGCUACCUGUACUUCCGCGACCGCACCGGCGACACAUACAAGUGGAAGGGCGAGAAUGUCGCCACUGCGGAGGUCGAGAACGCCAUGUCGCCCUGUCUGGAACAGAAGGCUUGUGUCGUUUAUGGGGUUUCGAUCCCGCAGACGGAGGGUCGUGCGGGCAUGGCGUGCGUGGCGGACCCGGCCCGCGCGCUGUGCCUGCGGCGCGUGGCGGCCGAGCUCGACGACGCGCUGCCGUCCUACGCCCGCCCGCUCUUCAUCCGACUCAUCAACGAUAUCGAGAUCACUGGCACCUUCAAGCUGAAGAAACUCCAAUACCAGAAGGAAGGCUUCGACCCUGAAGUGAUCAAGGACCCGCUGUACUUCCGGUCGGGCCCAGACUUCGUGCCCGUCACGCCGCAGCUCUACACCGACAUCUGCACCGGCAAGAUCAAGCUCUAGACGCCUCACCCAGCACUAGUGCACCACAGGACGAACAAAAUCAUAGACAGGACGUGCGAGAGAGACCACACUCCCUCUUGCACUCACUGUGAAAAAAAAUAUGAUGUUACACCAACUUCAAAAAACUAGCCGUUCUGUGUCUGUACUACGUCGGUCUUAAAAAGUCGUCUAGAUAAAAUUGCAAAAAUAUCGUACCGCUCAAGCCAAUUUAUAAAAUUGGCCCUAGCAGACUCGAACUGUCAAUAUUUUCAGUAAUGAACCGCCCUCGAUGGGCUGAGAGAAUGCCUGCUGGCAGCAUAGUUAGCUAGACCAAAUCAUACACAUGCACUUGUACGCGCCAGUAUUUGGUUGUUAGCUAAUAUAGAUUAAAUUUAUAUUAAUGAGAAUUUCGUAAUUGUUGAAAACAUUCGUAGGAUGCGACGGUGAGCGGGCAUGGUGAAGACACUCUGUAAAUUAUCAUAUGUAACCUCAAAGGGAUGUGAGAAUAGGCUUAUUUUUAUAUAAUAUCGUAUCAGUGGAGGUCGUGAACAGGUGUGACGUGUCGUGUGUGUCCGCUGUGUGCUCGUCUAACUCUGUGGCACUCUACAAUAAUACUUGUUUACGUGUAGCGGGAGGUAGACACUAGUUGUUGUUCAUGUUUUCAAGUUGGAAACUAAAUAAUGAUAGUUGUACGAUUCCAGUUUCUAAAUCGAAUCCUAACCUCCAGCUUUUUCCUCUAAAGCAAAUCAUUAUACACAAAAUCAUUCUAGCAUUAAUUAACGAUACAUUUUUUUCAGAAAACACUUAAAACUGAUAAGAAAAACAUUAAAUGUAUGUAGCUUAUUAGAUGACAUUCCACCAUCUAGUCACUUAAGGUGUUCUAUUCAUUUAUAUUAAAAUGUAUAAGUUCCUAAGUAUUGUUUUGGGCACUUAAGUCCUUAUUAGUAGCGAAGCAGUCUACCAAAUAUCUUAAUCCAUGGCAAUUAAUCGCAAUACGGACUUGUAUUUAGAUUUUUGUGCCUUGAAACGAAAAUCUCUGCACAGUAGUGUAGACUAGGAAAACUUUGCAGUUUACUCCUAAACAAAAUUAUUACGUAAGUUGUAAAUAAUAUAUAAUAAAUGAUUAAAAUGUC